UAAUAUUGUUUACAUUUGAAAACUAAUGGAGUUUUCGAGUUUAAUUAGUACAGUCUUUUUCUUUUUUAGUUGAAAUUAUUAUUGUGAUGUGAGUGAUUAUUGUUUUAUAAUUUGUUUGCUUCGUGAGUUGCCCUGUUCUGAAAUGGAGAUUAAUCUGAAAAACAAAUCGAUAAUUAUUGAAUUUCCAAGAUCAUAUUUGAAUCAGCAAAAGAAUCGCUCCAAAGAAACCAAAAUUUAAGUUCUUUGUGUAGAAUAUCAUCAAUCUGAAUACGCAGUUUCUUAAUUUAGAUGCAAUGGAAAGUACAAGUGGACGUCCUAAAAUGAAUGUUCCUGCAUCUAAGCCCAGCAAAACAAAGCAGAAGUAUAUAACACGGGAUUAUAAAGGAAUGUCCAAAGACGAUUUACGUCAAGAACUGCGGAAACGAGGGAUAAAAAUAAGUGGGAAAAAAAUUGAUUUGGUGAAACGUUUAGAAAAGUUUGAUAAGCAGAAGAUGUCUGAAGGAACUGAUAUGAAUCUGAAAGCUAGAAAGUCAUAUGAGAAUCUUGCAACAAAUGGUGGAAUUGAAAAUGCAUUUUCUAUGCAGUAUGACACUAGCUCUCUCUCCACUCAGACCAAACAAUGGAUAGCGAGUCGAGAAGAUAGAAAAAAUUUAGUCUUGUGGAAGAGACCUUUUACCACUUUACAGUAUUUUGUAAAAGAAUUAUUUCUAGAUUUUUACGAAUAUGGAACACAGCUUCUAAAGCACCAAAAGCUUGUUUUAACUAGUCUACUUGUCAUUGCCAUUAGUGUAAUUUUUUAUCAUUUUGAAGGCCCUCAUCAAAAGUAUGUUGUUCGUGUAGAGAAAGAAAUUUUAAGAUGUGCCUACUGGAUAGGCCUUGGUGUUUUGUCUUCAGUAGGAUUAGGUACUGGUCUUCAUACAUUUGUGCUUUACUUAGGCCCCCACAUAGCAGCUGUUACUUUAGCAGCUUAUGAAUGCAACAGUCUCGAUUUCCCUCAGCCUCCUUAUCCUGAUGAAAUCAUUUGUCCAGAAGGCGAUUCUAGCAAUAAUAUAAUAUCAAUUUUAGCCAUCAUGAGCAAAGUGAGGUUAGAAGCAUUUAUGUGGGGUCUUGGUACUGCCCUUGGUGAAUUACCUCCUUAUUUCAUGGCAAAAGCAGCAAGACUAUCUGGUCAAGACCCUGAUGAUGAAGAUUUUGAAGAGCUGUUGCAACUGAAGAGAAAUAAACCAGGAGAACAAUCAUUCUAUGACAGAGCCAAAUUGACUAUACAGAAUCUCGUUGAACGAGUUGGUUUUUUUGGUAUUCUGGCAUGUGCAUCCAUUCCAAACCCUUUGUUUGACUUGGCUGGCAUCACCUGUGGCCAUUUCUUAGUUCCUUUCUGGACGUUUUUUGGAGCCACUCUCAUAGGAAAAGCCAUUAUAAAAAUGCAUAUUCAAAAGCUUUUCGUGAUUGUUGCUUUCAAUGAGCGCCAAGUUCAUGACCUGGUCCUCAAAAUGAAAUACAUACCAUAUGUUGGGAAAUAUCUCCAGUACCCCUUGGAGGAAUUUUUGGCUAAGCAAAAGGCUAACUUACAUCGAAAACCUGGAACACCUGGAGUAUCAGAAGGCACUUGGAUCGCAUGGAUAUUUGAGAAAUUUGUCAUCUUAAUGAUUUUAUAUUAUGUGCUGUCAAUCGUGAAUUCCAUGGCCCAGAGCCACCACAAGCGUCUGUGGAAGCGGCAACACAGAUCGGUCCCUAAAGUGGCCACGGACUGAAGCUUGCUCUUUCAUUUCCACGCAGGGUGUCACUGCCUGCAAACUGACCAAAACUGUGGGAUAUGUGUUCUGCAUAGAUUUUAUAAUGGCUACCUAUAUUUUUCCUAACUUAUCAUUUUAUAAUUUUCAGCUGUCAAGACUCAAGUAGAUGAAAUUCAUGUAAUUCAGAGGACUAACUUAUAGUAGAUGAAACAUGUGUUGUCUCCAUUCUAGAGUACUGGUUUAUAAUGAAUAUUUGUAAAUACCUUUGUUACAGUGGAUCGAGAUGAGAUUUUGUGAUAAUUCUGUUCAUUGCUAUGUAAGAGUUAUUUAUUUGAGAAAAUUUUCUCUUUGUUUAUUUUUUUACAAGGGCUGUAAGUAAGGCAUUGAACAAAUCUUGGACAGAUGAAUAUAUCAAAGAUUAAAGAAGCAUUUGUUUGAUUUUUACAUUUGCAGAUUAAUAUAUAUCGGGUAUUUUGAGUGUUGCAGAACAGUAUUUAGUAUUUAUCAAUGAUUGGUGGCUGUUUUCAAAUGCAGUGCAUUGACAAACCAUUUCCUUUUGUACUUGAUAUUCUUGUUGAGAAAUUUUAUGACUUCUUUUAGCAUGAUUUGAAACAUUUAAUAAUUUUAUUACCAAUGUUUUUCUAAUUUUGCAUUAAUACUUUUGUGAUAUUGCAUCUUAUACAAUCAAGUGCACGUCGCCUGUAAGUUUUCAUACAUUUUGGAACGAAAAAAAAAAAAAAUGAUUCUUUUUACUUGCUUCUAUGAAUCUAUUGCACUAUUUUCAAAUAUUAAAACUGGUACAAUUUCGGAUAUUGUUAUUGCAACCCAUUUUAAUGAUGAGAAAUGUUUAAAUGAUCUUGUUCUUUUUGCAGUUUAAUGUUACAGUAUUUUCUCUAGAAGUAAUUGUGCAAGAAAUUAUGCUCAGUUUUCUAGAAAAUAUAUUGUUCUCCAUCUUAUUUAUUUGUAUUUGAAA